AUGCCACACGAUUAUGGAUUGGACUCGAGCUUUGAGCCUAAGCAUAUCGACAGGAAGUCUAUUUAUGUCAGUCUCGAGGAAAGAAUCAAGUACUUGCAUGACUUCCUUGACUUCAACUCUGCCGACAUCGAAGCCCUCCAAAGCGGAAUGAAGUACCUGAAGCUACUCAUUCCCGCCGUCGUCAACCUUGUAUACAAGAAAAUUCUUCAAUAUGACAUCACCUCGCGUGCUUUCCAUACCGGCUCAACUGCCGACGAAACCGAGCCUGAUGAAGAGUGGCUAGAUGAGGAGACGCCCCAGAUUCGGCGGCGCAAGAUGUUCCUUCGUUGGUAUCUCAUCAAGUUGUGCCAGGAUCCCACGAGUAUGGACUUCUGGCGGUAUCUGAGCAAAGUGGGUAUGAUGCAUUGCGGUCAAGAGAGGUUACACCCCCUCAACAUUGAAUUCAUCCACAUCAACGCCUGCAUUGGAUACAUCCAGGACAUCUUUAUUGAAGCUCUGUUGUCCCACCCGGAACUCUCACUGCGACGCAAGAUUGCGCUCGUUCGGGCCGUCAACAAGAUCCUGUGGAUCCAAAAUGAUCUAUUUGCGAAGUGGAGGGUCCGCGAUGGUGAGGAGUACGCCGAUGAGAUGUCCGUUUACAGCUUCGGGUCUGGGAAAGAAGGAUAUGUUGGCGAUAAAAAGAUCUUGGGCAGUGACUCCAGUAGCUCUGUCGAUGACGACGCGGCCAGCAUCGCGAGCAGCAUGGCGCCGUCGACGUAUACUGUACAGACCACUCAGACAUCGCAUACCACUGCCUCGAAACGUUCCGUGUGUCCCUUUUCAGACCUUGCUUCCAAGGGUUCCGCCACUGAAACAAAGAUCUGGGCCAAUUGA